AUGACAGCAAUUGCCAAGAAAUCUGUGGCCACGAAAAGUGUUCCUAGUAAAUCUGUGCCAAAGAAAUCCACCCCUUUUGAUAAUUCCCAUUACAACAAUCCUACGCAAAAGGAAACUUGCGACAUAAUAACAAAACCACAAACCAACUACUUGGAAAAUAAAGGAUUGGAAUCGUUUGUUUCAUUCCCUCCUUGUAUUCAUUUGCAAAAAGUUAUGGAGUCGAGUUCAAGAGAUGCCAUCUUGAAAACCUAUUCGGCAAGUAUAAAGAUUGUUGCAUUAGGACUGCAGUCAUUAGAUGAAGAGAGAAAUAAUAAUAGUAACAACAACCCAAACGCAUAUAGUCGAUUAGCAUACGUUGACAAGGAGGGCAAAACCCUUAGUCUCAAAGCAUUACAAAGAGCAAGAUCUAAGAUUAUAAAAUGUAAUGAUUGUGUCAACUCGAAUUCUGCUUGUCACACGAAAUUGCUGAUGUGUUUACAAUGUACAAAUAUUGGAUGUUGGUCUGGAAAACAUGCUUUGAUGCAUGCUAAAAGUACAGGACAUGUUUUCGGUAUUAAUGCCAAUAAUGGCGAACUAAUAUGUCUAAAGUGCACCGAUCUAGUGUCACAUCCCUUGCUAGAACGUAUAAGGUGCAAAACUUUGAAAUCUAUUGGUGUUUUGAAGAAUUCUUUAAAUACGCCAUAUUUUAAAGUUGAACAUGAAUUAAACAAACGGCAAAUUAUCCAUGACCUAUCGCAUCUUCCAUCUCUCAAAGAAACGAUGGGUCUAAGGGGGUUUAUCAAUUUGGGAUCAACAUGUUUUAUGUCUUCAGUUUUGCAAACAGUUAUCCACAAUCCAUAUCUGAAAAGGUACUAUUUAAGUGGUGGUCACUUGAAUUGUCCAAAGGAUCGUAAUGAAUGUCUCUCUUGUUGCUUGAAUGAUAUAUUUCAAGACUUUUUCACCAAUCCUGCGAUUGUGGGCUAUGGACUAACAUCCUUUAUCGAGGCGGCAUGGAGAGUGAAAAGAUCAUUAGCUGGUUAUAGUGAACAAGAUGCGCAUGAAUUCUGGCAGUUUCUGAUUCACCAGAUACACAAAAACGAUACAACGAGUGCCAGAUACUUAAAAAACAAGGAAAGCACACCAGCUGUUGAGAACGAUAAUACCAGGCAACCAGAGCCAAAAAGUUGUGAUUGUAUUAUUCACAAGACAUUUUCGGGCACUUUAGAAAGUACCUUAACUUGUACUGUCUGCGGGUCAUCAAGGAAGAUAGAAGAUCCCAUGCUAGAUGUGUCAUUGGAAAUACAAGAUAAAAGGGAUGGUGAAAAAGCCUCUUUAGCAGAUCUGCACUCCUGUUUUAUGAAAUACACAAAGGUAGAGGAUCUAGAUGUUCUAUAUGAAUGCCAAAGUUGCAAAACCAGAACUAAAGUAACGAAAAGGUUGGCCCUCAAGAAAUUGCCACCGGUCUUGAGUAUACAGCUAAAAAGAUUUGAGCAUUUAGGGGUGAGUUCUAAAAUAGAUUAUCAUAUCGAUAUUCCUCAUAUUCUGGACGUUCAAGAGUACGUUUCCAAAUCCGGUUAUAAUAACCAGGUUACUACCUAUGAGCUGUUUGGUAUAGUUUGUCAUUUAGGAAGUGUCAACACAGGCCAUUAUCUAGCAUAUGUUAAAGCAACAAAUGGCAUGUGGUUUAAAUUUGAUGACGCAAAGAUUACUAGAAUGAAUGAAGCUGAUGUCAGAAAAGUCAAUGCUUAUAUGGUCUUCUAUUGUAUAAGUGAAUACAGUAAAUAA